UUUACUAAAUUUUUUGAUAUUGGUGUUUCAGUAUAUUUAAUAUGUGAAAUUAGUAGAAAAAGCAGAUUUUGGUUCAGAAUUCCCCUUUACUGUUACAAAUACUGAUUGAAAUUAUCUAAAGGCAAAAGCUUUACCCAACAUUUGGAGUUUGCUUUUUGGAUCAUUUAGCUUCUAGGUUUAAUAUUAGUUACAUGGUGGCUUUAGUGAACUUUUUAAAAAAGCUUUCCUCUUCUACCCACACAGUCUUAUUUGAGUCCCUUAGUCAGUCAGCAAGCAUGUUUGGAACAGUCCCCAGUGCUUUGCAAAGGUUCAGAUUGCAGAACAGUCACAUAUGGGUAUUUGUAGUUAUAAAUACUUGACCAUUCUCCAGGGGUGGGGUUUCCAACUCUUUAAACAACCCUGUUGCCUGUUAUCAAGCUGACUUUUCACUCCAAGUGCCAGAAUUGAUUGUGGUCAGGACAUCUUACGCUGAGAAAUAAAUAAAAUGGAACAUAAUGGGUCUGCUUCAAAUGCUGAUAAAAUCCACCAGAAUCGCCUGUCGAGUGUUACAGAAGAUGAAGACCAAGAUGCUGCUCUUACCAUUGUGACUGUGCUGGACAAAGUAGCCUCCAUCGUGGACAGUGUGCAGGCAAGCCAGAAGAGAAUAGAAGAGAGACACAGGGAAAUGGAAAAUGCCAUAAAAUCCGUCCAGAUUGACCUGUUGAAGCUUUCACAGUCACAUAGAAAUACAGGGCAUAUAAUUAACAAGUUGUUUGAGAAAACCCGAAAAGUUAGUGCUCACAUUAAAGAUGUGAAAGCCCGGGUGGAGAAGCAACAAAUUCAUGUUAAAAAAGUUGAAGUCAAGCAAGAGGAAAUAAUGAAGAAAAACAAAUUCCGCGUGGUAAUAUUCCAGGAGAAGUUUCGGUGUCCGACCUCCCUGUCUGUUGUUAAAGACAGAAACCUAACUGAGAAUCAAGAAGAGGAUGAUGAUGAUAUCUUUGAUCCCCCAAUAGAUCUCUCUUCGGAUGAAGAAUAUUAUGUUGAAGAAAGCAGAUCUGCCAGGCUUAGGAAGUCAGGCAAGGAGCGCAUUGAUAAUAUCAAGAAGGCAUUUUCCAAAGAAAACAUGCAGAAGACACGGCAGAAUCUUGACAAGAAAGUGAAUAGAAUUAGAACUAGAAUAGUGACCCCGGAGAGGAGAGAGAGGCUAAGGCAGUCAGGAGAGAGGCUGAGACAGUCAGGGGAGAGGUUUAAGAAAUCUAUUUCUAAUGCAGCUCCCUCAAAGGAAGCUUUUAAGAUGCGCAGCCUCAGGAAAGGUAAGGACCGAACAGUGGCUGAAGGUGAGGAAUGUGCUAGGGAGAUGGGCGUGGACAUCAUUGCCAGGAGCGAGUCUCUGGGCCCCAUCAGUGAGCUCUACUCUGAUGAGCUCAGUGAACCAGAACACGAGGCAGCCAGGCCAGUGUAUCCUGCCCAUGAAGGAAGGGAAAUCCCCACCCCUGAGCCUUUAAAAGUUACUUUUAAAUCGCAGGUGAAAGUAGAGGAUGAUGAAUCUCUUUUGUUAGAUUUAAAGCACUCAUCGUAAAGAGGAAUUAAGUAUAUCCUAAAUAUGAAUCUCCUAAUCAAGCAGUUUUAGUUUGAAUAGUGUAGUCAUCUACAUUUCUGUGCCAUGUAGGAAAACAUAAAUGUAUGUUUUUUCUUAUAUUUAAAAUCUUGAAGAUAAUAUAAAUAUUAUUGUCACU